CCUCAAAGAUUGACAAGCAACAUGGAGCCCAAACACCUAACAGUUGUACUACAAUUCCUUCUUCUGGGAUUUACAGAUGACCCAGAACUCCAGUCUCUCAUCUUCAGCAUCUUCCUGUUCAUAUACUUGGUCACAAUACUGGGAAACCUGCUCAUAAUUCUAAGUAUAAGUUUUCAGUCCCACCUGCAUACUCCCAUGUACUUCUUUCUCUCCAACUUGUCCUUUAAUGACAUUGGUUUCAGCACAGCCACAGUCAUUAAGAUGCUGAUGAGCAUCCAAGAAGAUGAUCAGAGCAUCACAUACACAGGCUGCCUCACACAGCUCUUCUUUGUCCUUGUUUUCGCAUACUUUGAAAAUUUUCUCCUCACAGUGAUGGCCUAUGACCGCUACGUAGCUAUAUGUCACCCCUUAAAGUAUACUAUCAUUAUGAAUCCUAACUUUUGUUUUCUGCUCUCACUAAUCUCUCUGUUCAUUAGUAUUAUGGAUGCCCUGAUGCACACUCUCAUGGUGCAACGGCUGUCCUUCUGCACAGAUCUGGAAAUUCCCCACUUCUUCUGUGAACUUGAUCAGGUCAUCAAGCUGUCCUGUUCAGACACCCUCAUUGACAACAUUGUGGUCUUUGCUGCAACUUGCAUAUUUGGUGGCAUUCCUGUGUGUGGAAUCAUUUAUUCUUAUUAUCACAUUGUGGCUUCAGUCUUGAGGAUAACUUCACUGGAGGGAAAGUACAAAGCCUUUUCUACCUGUGGGACUCACUUGUCAGUGGUUUCCUUGUUUUAUGGGGCUUGUUUUAUGGUAUAUAUAAGCUCUGCCAUGAGUGUCUCACCAAGAAAAUCUGCAGUGGCUUCAGUGAUGUACUCUGUGCUUCCUCAAAUGAUGAACCCUUUUAUCUACAGUUUAAGGAACAAGGACAUGAAAGUUGCUAUAAGAAAUCUUUUAAGUAGGCUUGUGUCACUUGAACAAUGUGUCCUUUGUUGA